AACGUCCGCCUCUCCACCACCAACCUCGCCCAUCAACCUUAAUUUUCACCUGCGCAGACCAUAAGGUACAAUGGAGAUUCCUUCCAGCUCCCAACGAUUUUUGCAGCCGCCCUCGGCCACCAUUCCUCCUUUCGCUGCAGCCCAACUUCCUCGGGAGACCCUGCAACAGCGCCUCCGCUCGCUAAUCGACGGCGCCCGACAGAGCUGGACAUACGCCAUCUUCUGGAAGUCCACGCGCUCCGACGCCUCCACCGUCCUCGCCUGGGACGACGGAUACUACCAUGGUUGCGGGGAGGAGAAGCGCAAACCUGGCGCUGGUGCGUCUACGCUCUCAAAGGAGGAGCAGGAACACCGCAAGCGCGUCCUUCGGCAGCUCAAUGCCAUGGUUUCCGGAGGCGAUGACUCGCCCGACGAGGAGGUCACCGACACCGAGUGGUUCUUCCUCGUGUCGAUGACGCAAACGUUUGCUCCCGGCGCCGGGCUCCCAGGCCAGGCCCUCCUCUCCAGCUCCCCGGUGUGGCUCACUGGAGCGGACGCCAUGGUGGAGGCGCCGUGCGAGCGGGCGCGGCAGGCGAUGGCGUUCGGGUUGCGGACCAUAGCCUGCGUCCCCCUCGUCGGCGGCGCCGUCGUGGAGCUCGGAUCCACUCGCGAGGUCAACCAGAGCUCCGAGUUCUUGAACAAGAUAAGAGCCCUGUUCAUCCAUAGAAACUAUUAUGGUAUCCCUCUACCAUCGCCGACGUUGCCGCUGCCAGAUCCUUGCGCGAUGUAUUUUCCGAUUUCCCAACCCGCCGGAUCCCUCUGCGUAGACAAACACGUCCCCCGCGAAAUCAGGCAGUCGACGUCUAGCAACGACGAAGGGUUCCUCUGCAUGUCCGCCCCGCCGCCAACGACGGUAGUGAAGUUGGAAGGACUCUUAGCCGGAGACGGCUCUGACCAAUCAGAAAGGGAAGCGUCGGCGAUGAAGCCGGAUAAGACGCCGAAGAAGCGGGGGCGUAAACCGGCCAAAGGCCGCGAGGAGCCGGUCGACCACGUGGAGGCGGAGCGGCAGCGGCGCGAGAAGCUGAAUCAGAAGUUCUACGCGCUGCGCUCCGUGGUGCCCAACGUGUCCAAGAUGGACAAGGCCUCCCUUCUGGCCGACGCCGUCACCUACAUCAACCAGCUCCGCCGCAAGUCGCAGGCUCUCGAGGCCGAGCUCGGCGCUCUCAGGUCGGAGAUGGAGGCGACCGCCGCCGGCAUCCGGCAAACACCGCCGCCCAAUCCUUCUACCGGGAGGCGGUGCGUGGGGGAACUGGAGGUGGAGGUGAAGAUUCUGGGGUGGGAGGCGAUGAUUCGGGUGCAAAGCGACCGACAGUGGCACCCGGCGGCCAGGUUGAUGGUGGUGCUGUCGGAGCUGGAUCUUGAGGUGCACUACGCCAACGUGUCGGUGGUGAAGGAGCUGAUGAUCCAGCAGGUUAACGUCAAGAUGACGAGCCGGAUUUACACGCAAGAACAGCUAACGAAUGCGCUUUUUGCUAGCGUCGCCGGCUGUGGGCGGUCCGAUCACACAGCAAUUCUAUACCAGUUGGAUUACGUCCGUGAAGGCUUAGGCGGUCCGAUCAGGUAGGGCUGCUUACAGAUUCGUCGUACAAAAUUAUAAAUUAUAAUAAAAAACAGGGGUAAAUGUGAUUAUGCUUAUUUCACAUGUCCAUC